AUGUCCACCACUGGAACCCCCGAUGAUGACUGGCAUCCCCAUGUCUUUCGCAUGCCCGACUGGGUCGAGGCUUUCCUGAUUGUGACUAUCCUGUUCACCUCCAUGUUCCUCACCCGAACAAAGAACUACUCCAUCUUCGGGAGCAACCAGAGUUACAGCCCAAUAAUAGCCUCUCCAGCGUCCGGCUCCCCCAGGACCUCCAUCGACAGCGACCCGAUCGCUACAUAUCGAACAGACCAUCCGACCAAGACCCGCCGUGUCUUUGGGAUAUGGACCGUUCGUACGCCCAACUCGUCGCGCUUCGCUCGACACUUCCACUCGCGCAUCUUGCAAAAGUUCCCCUUUCUCGUCGAGAUGUUCUACUGGGUCCUACAGUUCUUCUUCUACCGUAUGACUGCACACCUGGCGUCGGUUUACUAUGGUGGCAAGGACAACAUGUGGGAAACCGCCCAGAAUCACGGCAUAGCAUUGUUGGAGUUGGAAUCUGCCAUGUUCGGGAGGAGUUCCUUGACAGGGACCGCCAGGUGGAUUGAGUGGAAUGUUCAGCAAUGGUUCCUCACCGGCGCAAGGGCCGGCGACUUCCGUGGCAUAUUCCUCACUAUUCUGAACCGGUCGUACUCCCUUAUCCAUAUCCCCGGGACUGUUGGUUUCAUCGCAUUCUACUACUACGUGUCGCCGACCUUCACCCGCUUCGCGACCGUGCGUCGAACCAUGACCCUGCUGAACCUGUUCGCCUUCACCAUCUUUAUCCUCUACCCGUGCAUGCCGCCGCGUCUGCUGCCGCCAGAGUACGGCUUCAUCGACACGGUCAACGGCGAGGAUGCCACGUCGGUGUGGCAGAGUGGAAACUUUGUCAACCGCCUGGCCGCCAUGCCCAGUAUGCACUUUGGCUAUGCCUUCUGCAUCGGACUCGUUUUCAUCUAUGAGAGUGCCGCGGUCAGCGGGGUCAAGGAGAUAUAUAGGCGCUAUGGCAAGACUCGCAACCCUAGCCAGACAUGGCUUCCCGUUCCGGGAUCGGAUGAGGAGAGUCAGAGCAGCACGUCUGAGGUCGAGGUUGAACAGCAGUCCACCAGCGAGCGUUCCACCAAGUCACGUAUCGCCUUCUUCGCGUUCGGUGUGUGGUAUCCCUCAUGGGUCUUGUUGACCAUCGUCGCGACAGCGAACCACUACCUGUUGGACGCCAUGGUUGCCACACUGGUCGUGCUGAUGGGCUUCAUGUGCAACCGGGUCUUGCUGAACUUCUUGGUGCUGGAAGAUCUGCUGCUCUGGGCAUGGAGACUGGAGAAGCCAGUUCCGACCACAGGGUCCGCGAUGAGCCGUUGCGACGACGACUAG